UGCUCCCCCACUACUCCCCAGUAACACCAAACACCCCCCUUCUCACUAGCGCUCGACCAUACGCACGACUGCAGAGCAUCUCAGUUUCAGAAUGGAUACCUUUUAUGGUGGGGACGGCGCCGCGGCCUCCUCCGGCUCCAGCUCCAGCUCGCCUUCCUCGGGGGAGACGUGGUUGUACUCGACGGUGUCGCAGGCGCCGCCGAAGCGGCCCGCGGGGCGGACCAAGUUCCGGGAGACGCGCCACCCGGUGUACAAGGGCGUCCGCCGAAGGGGCGCCGCCGGGCGGUGGGUCUGCGAGGUGCGGGAGCCCAACAAGAAGACCAGGAUCUGGCUGGGCACGUUCCCCACGGCCGAGAUGGCGGCGCGCGCGCACGAUGUCGCUGCGAUGAUGCUCCGGGGCCGCUCCGCCUGUCUCAACUUCGCCGACUCCGCGUGGCGCCUCCGCGUUCCGCCCUCCUUCUCGAGCUCCAGGGACAUCGCGCGGGCCGCGGCGGAGGCCGCGGAGGCGUUCCGGCCGUCAUCGGACUCCAGCGGCGACGCUGCGUCCCCCCCGAUGACAGAGAGCUCAGCACACGCAUCACCAUCGUUGCCCACGACGGCCACACCUCCCCCGACGUCACCGGAGGAGGGCGCCGGCAGCGACAGCUACCGCGGAGGCGCGUUUGAUAUGAUGAAUUACGACGACAUGGAUUUGGGAUACUGUUACUACUCCAGUAUGGCGGAGGAGUUGCUGGUGGAGCCGCUGCUGUACAAUUGGGAUGAUGUCGAUGCUGGCGCCGACCUGCCACUGUGGAGCUACUCCAUAUGAUGAUGGAGACGACAACGUGGCACCUGACCAGGUCGAUGUUAGGUUUCAUGUAUAUUAGCUACUGUGAAAUUGUGAUAGAUAGAGUGCCCAAUUUUGGUUCGAACGAGAUGACUUAUAUUUAAAAGGAAAUGAAUGCAUACUCUCCUAGUCAUCUCAGCCA